AUGGCCGCCGUUGCAGAGAAUGCCCCCUUGCCGGUGACGAACGAGAACACGCCCCCCCCCGCGGUAGCCGCCGAGGAGAAGACCGAGAAGGCAAAUGGCGAUGCUGUCACCGUAUUCCACGACCCAGAGAACUUCAAUGUGAAGCACCCCCUGAUGCACGAAUGGACUCUCUGGUUCACGAAGCCCCCUAGUGGCAAGGGCGAUAACUGGAACGAUCUUCUGAAAGAAGUUGUUACAUUCAACUCUGUUGAAGAAUUCUGGGGUAUCUACAAUAACAUCACCCCGACAUCUGAACUCGGCCUCAAGGCAGACUACCACCUCUUCAAGAAGGGCGUUCGACCGGAGUGGGAAGACCCCCAAAACAAGCACGGUGGCAAGUGGUCAUUUUCAUUCAAGGAUAAGCGGUCAGUCCCUAUCGAUGACCUGUGGCUGCACGCACAGCUGGCGGCAAUCGGCGAAACCCUCGAAAACGAUGGUGAUCAGGAAGUUAUGGGAGUUGUCGUGAACGUACGUAAGGGAUUCUACCGUGUUGGACUUUGGACACGGACCGUCGGCAAGAGUAUCCCCGGUGACAAAAACGCUCGUACACCCGCUCAAGGCAAGGAAGUGCUCGAAUCUAUUGGUCGACGAUUCAAGGAAGUCCUCCGAGUCGGUUCAAAUGAAAGUGUCGAGUUCUCAGGGCACACGGAUAGCGCCCACAGUGGCAGUACAAGGGCCAAGGCCAAAUACACUGUUUAA